CUGUUUAAAUAAUAAUAAUAAUAAUAAUAAUAAUAAUUUAAUCAAAAUAAAAAGCUUCUAAUCUUCCCAUUCCUAUAAAUUCAACUGCAGCAGGCCCUCGUAAUCCCACCUCGGUUCCUACUUUUGUUUUGGGGAUUUCUAAUGGAAUCAACAAAUGGAUUAGUGACUGAUGCAGAAAUCAAAUCGUUUUUUGAUUCUGCUCCUCCUCUACGAGACAGAGUUGGUAUCGCAAACAAAUUGAAGGAAUUCAUUCAACUCAAUUCUGCUUCACAAGGAAAUGGAAGUGCUAGGAGGGUUGUGUGUGUGACUUCUGGUGGUACUACUGUUCCCCUGGAACAGCGUUGUGUUCGUUAUAUUGAUAACUUCAGCUCAGGUCACAGAGGAGCCACAUCCACCGAGUAUUUUAUCAAGGCUGAAUAUGCAGUUAUAUUUUUAUACAGGAGGGGAAGUUGCCAGCCAUACUGUCGAUCUCUUCCUGAGGAUCCACUGCUUGAGUGUUUUGAGUUCACUAACGGCUCCAAUGUUCAAGUGCGGCAAUCAUGUUCUGAAGCAGUGAGGAGAGCCAUUAAUGAUCAUCAUGCUGCUGUAGCAGCAGGUCACCUGUUAAAACUUCCUUUUACAACCAUUUUUGAAUAUCUUCAGAUCUUACAAAUGAUUGCAAUAUCAAUGAGGAAUCUUGGGCCACAUGCAAUGUUUUAUCUUGCAGCUGCAGUGUCUGACUUUUACGUCCCUUGGAAAGAUAUGGCAGAGCACAAAAUUCAAUCAGCAUCUGGCCCUCUGGAUAUGCGACUUGUGCAAGCUCCAAAAAUGCUUUCGGUGUUGAGGAAAGAGUGGGCUCCCAUGGCCUUCUGCAUAUCAUUCAAGCUGGAGACAGAUUCAAAGAUUCUUUUGGAGAAGGCUGAUAUGGCACUUAAAAAGUACAAGAUGCAUAUGGUUGUUGCAAAUGAGCUUGUGACCCGCAAUGAGGAGGUUAUAGUUGUCACAGCUGACAAAAAGAUUCCAGUCUGCCGUGACAAGACUCAGCCUGGUUCUGAUGUGGAAAACCCCCUGAUUGAACUACUUGUGGAAAAGCAUUCAGCUCACAUUAAGGAUGCUGAUACGUGAUAAGGUUAACAGCUUUAUAUAGCGGACAAAUACAACAUAAUUUUCUGACAACAUAUUGAUGAAAUUGAAUGAAUAUUGUUGGCAUUAAAAUUGUUCUUUUCUUUGAACAAAGGGCAGUUCUUAAUUUCCCCCGCAAUAAUCCAUUCUGUACUUUGCAGAGGGAGUAAAGGAAAAUAAUUGUAAUCCCUCUAGUUCUUUCCAGUUUGGAGAAAAAGUUGAAUAAUUGAUAUUCAUAAUGAAUGCAUACGUCUUUCAAUUAAAAA